GGGCCUAACUCCACCACCCCGGCCCAAAUUUUUUCUCGACUCUCAUACAAAGUCACAGACGGUUCUAAAACCCUAGCUCUCUUGGGGGACAUUUGCGCCGAGUUCUUGACACCAGCAGAGGAAGAAUGGGUAUCGAUCUGGUUGCCGGAGGUAAGAGCAAGAAGACCAAACGCACAGCUCCAAAAUCAGAUGAUAUUUACCUAAAGCUGAUCGUCAAGUUGUACCGGUUUCUCGUGCGGAGGACUGGUAGCAAGUUCAAUGCGGUGAUACUGAAGCGGCUCUUCAUGAGCAAGGUCAACAAACCACCGCUGUCACUCUCCCGGUUGGUUCGUUUCAUGGAGGGAAAGGGUGAUAAGAUUGCAGUGGUUGUUGGGACAGUAACUGAUGAUGUAAGAGUCUAUGAAGUUCCUACCUUAAAGGUGACAGCACUGAGGUUUACGGAGACUGCGCGGGCAAGGAUUGAAAAGGCUGGUGGAGAAUGCCUAACCUUUGAUCAACUGGCUCUGCGAGCCCCUCUUGGUCAGAACACGGUUCUUCUUAGAGGCCCAAAGAAUGCUCGUGAAGCUGUGAAGCACUUUGGACCUGCUCCUGGUGUGCCCCACAGCCACACUAAACCUUAUGUGCGAGCAAAAGGAAGGAAGUUUGAGAAGGCUAGAGGAAGAAGGAACAGCAGGGGCUUCAGAAAUUAAGCUUUUCAACUCAUCCAGAGAAAAUGCUGAGCCAUUGACCAACUUCAAACAUGCACUUGUUUGUUUUCCUUUUCUCCCGCUCAAGCGAACAAUUUUUAUUUGUCUUAGCUGGUUAUUGUCUGUGUCUUCCUUUUGGAUAUUUUGUUUUUAAGCUCAAGUAUCAACUGUUGAAUGAUCCAUGAUGCCUGUUUUUGUGUUAAGAUAGCAAUCUUAUAAUGGUGUUUGAUUGGAGUUACCCUCA